AAAAACAGAACUGAGCCGCACUGAGCAUCAUCAGCCCAGCACAGAACCAGAGGGACUUGUGGAAAAAGUUAUAAUUAACUAAGCUCCUCUGAAGCUAACUAAAACCAAACCAUGAAGAUCUUCAACUUGCUCUACCUGCUCCUGCUGCUUGCAGCUGUUGUAGCACCAAUCUCCUCUGAAAAACAUGCCUUUCUUUCAGAUUUCCUGAACCUGAGGAGAAAAUACCACAGACACCACUGCCCACACAGGCGCUGUCUGCCCCUCCACUCCAGAGUACCCUUCCCCUAAGGUAGAAGCACAAGGAGAGUGACCUAAGAGAAAUAUGAAUAUGAAGCAACUGCAGUGGGUGGCACAAACACCAUGGGUGGAUCCCAGUACCAAGACAUGGACUAUGAAGUGGAGGGAAAGGAGAAGAAAAAAAAAAAAAACCCUACUCGACACCG